GGGAUGAAAGAAGGAAGAGUAUGGUUGCUAUCAUUUCUCUUCUCAGACCUUUGUCGAAAGCCUUGGGAUCGAAGGCAGGGAUAUUAAUCAUGGCGUAGGUGAAGCAUAAUCAUCUUCCAGUAAUUGCUCAGAGAGAGAGAGCAAAAAAAAAACACACAUAGCUCAGAGAGAGAGAGAAGAAGAAGAAGGAAAAUGAUUAAAGUCAGAGAGAGAGAGAGGUAUGGAGAUGAAUAACUCACGCUCUCUCUUUCUUUCUUUUCAAGGCUACUUUAAUAAGCUGUAAACUUGAAAGAGUAAAGAGGAAACUCAGAAAAGUGGCUAAAAGCAAGCAGGUAUGUGGGUGUCACCUGAACUGUCUUUCUUUGAAUAGAGUGAGAGAGAUUCCUAUCGCAAAGCUACCCAGUUAAUUUUUAUUUACUAAUCAUCUUGGGAUUUUCAAGCCUUUUAAAAUACGAUUUAUCAUCAUGGAGUCUGCAAAUCUCCAUCGCCAACAUCAUCAGCUCCAAGACCAGCUUCUAGGCUCUUCUUCUUUGCCCACCACAACUUGCUAUGGACCUGGAACCAACCAUUCUUGGCACCCAAAUAUCACUUUGAAUAAUACUGGUAACUUUAAUCCAAACCAGGAUGGAGGAGUUUUCUGCAACCCAGGGGAUUCAAGGCAAAAUAGUGAAAUUCUAGUCCCUUCUCUCAACAGUACUUCCAUGCUCCAAGAUCACUCGAGCUUUCACUGGACUAGCAAUGCGGGCAGUUUCACCAGUCAGUCCGCCCAUGAACUAAACCUUGCAAAAAUCAAGGAAGAGCUCUCAGAAUCUUUCCCCAAAUUCACCGAAAUGCUAAACAGCCCCUCAAGUAUUGAAGAUUACCAUUUUCAUCCCUCAACGGCCCGCAUAAAGAAUGAGCAAAAAAAUUUAAAUAUCGAUCUCAGUGAGAAGCUCUUGCUCAAGACCAUCUCCUCCAAAGGAUUUAUCUACUCUAACAACGCCCAGAACUGCGCUAGUACUUUUGGAAGUCAUGAGGCGGUGGGAAAUAGAGGGAACUUCAGCCAGAUUUAUCCAAGCAUAAAUAUUUCAAACUUGAAUCAACCGCCAUCGCCAUUUUUAAGCUCCUCGGAGAUGAACUUACAGGCCUUGGAUCUAUUAUCCUCCGAAAGAUCAUAUAGUGGAAGUUUUAGCCAACCUUCACACGAUAGUUUUGGCGUAUUUAAAGAGGGCUCUUCUUUUGGCCUUGAUCAUAUGCAGCAAUUGCACAGGCAGUCUUGUAGCCCUAGCAAUAUAUCACAGUUCACAAACAGAGUAACAGAAGCAAAGAGACCCAGCUUGACGGAGGCAAAGGCAUCUCAAGUUGCACCCAAGAAAUCGCGAUUGGAGCCACGCGCUUCAUGUCCACCAUUUAAGGUUAGGAAAGAAAAACUAGGAGAUAGAAUUGCAGCUCUUCAGCAGUUGGUGGCUCCCUUUGGCAAGACAGAUACAGCAUCGGUACUAAUGGAGGCUAUCGGGUACAUCAAAUUCCUUCAAAACCAGGUCGAGACACUGAGCGUCCCAUACAUGAAGUCAUCACGAAACAAGACUUGCAGAACAAUGCAAGCGGGUUCAGUGGAAGAUGGAAAUGAAGAAGGCAGGCGGGACCUCAGAAGCCGAGGGCUGUGUCUCGUGCCAUUGUCGUGCAUGUCUUAUGUCACCGGAGAUAGUGGUGGCGGAGGGGUUUGGCCCCCGCCUAGCUACGGUGGAAGAAAUUAAUAAAGUAUGUAUCGUAUUAUAUAGACGUGUUAAAUACUGGGCAAGACAAAAUAAAUACUGCUUAUUUUAUCAAAGCCCAUAUUGUUUAGGUUUAUCGAUCUGUAGCUUCUUUUAGUGGAGCAAAUUUGGUCAUCCUGUACAAAAUGUAUACCAGGAUGGACCAAGUUUGAUCCAUUAAAAAUUCAUGUAUCAUUUACAUGUAUUUUGAAGACCGUACCUCCUUUAAUUAAUUUCUCUGUACUUCUUCUUCACAAAAUGAACCUCCGGCCAAGCUGCUUUUUCAUAA